AUGUCAUUCAUCAUACCACCAAUAGAUGAGCUGGAUGUAUCGAAAGAACUGAUUGAUGCUGCCAAUCGAGCAUCCCUCUCCACUUCAUCAAUCCUCUUAACGCCCUUACCUAGAUUAUCAGACCUGCUCAAAGUGAAGAUACCUAUCGCUCAGUCAUACGUACGACAAGUCAGUCACGCGAUCGCACCUUCCACGAAGAGAUUAGAUGAGAUAUACGAUCAGGAGCGGAAAACUGGUAUUGGCCCUUCGAGAUUACCUCUGGACGUUGAUGAGGAUGAUGAUAUAGAUACAAAUAAAAAGGGAAAAGGGAAAGGACGAGCUAAAUGGGUGUCAACUGGUGAUGCGGGUCUGGAUCAGGUACUAGGAGGGGGAAUCAGAGGAGGUUGUCUUUAUGAGAUCACCGGUGAGAGCGCCGCUGGGAAAUCUCACCUCGCUCUCCACCUUGCCCUAACCUUCCAACUUCCCUCUCUCACAUCCUCGCCCGGCGGUUCGCUCAUUCUCACUUCCGAAAGAGAAAUAUCCACCGACCGAUUAGUUCAACUGGGUAAAUAUCUUCUGUCAACUCAUGAACCAUACGAGUUUGGUCCAGAAGGAAGGGUAAAGAACCUGUUGGAUAACAUAUUGACUAAUAGGGUGGGAGAUGUGGAUGCACUGGAACAUGCUUUAAACUACGCCGUCCCAGCUAUACUUGAAUCCCGUCUCAACCCUAACAGCUCAACAAGUAAUCAACUACCUAUUCGACUUAUUAUAUUGGAUUCCAUCACUGCGUUGCUCAGAGGAGGAUCGAGCGAUUACGAAAGACCCACUGCACCUAAUGCUUUAUCUCUCACGGAAAGAUCAAAACAUCUAUGUAUAGUCGCCGACGUCCUCAAAGCUUUAGCUGUAAAAUACGAUCUAUCGAUACUAGUUAUCAAUCAAGUAUCAGAUGUAUUCCAAAAACCUACACCGGUAUCGUAUUCUCAACCUACAUCUUCAUUUAUGCAAACGCAGCCUUUCACUGGUACUGUCAAUGUCAAUGAUAAUCCGGAUGAUAUAGCGAUGAUUUACAAGACUCAAUCUAGGUGGUUCUCCGGAGAGAGUGAUACGUUAAAGAAAGAAGCUUCAUUGGGGAUAGUCUGGGCGAACGCAGUGAAUGUUAGGAUCAUGUUGAGUAGGACGGCAAGGAGAAGGCUGGUUGAUCAACGUGAUCUCACUUCGCACAAGAGAAGGAAAGUUGAAAAUCACCAAGAUAAAGAUGAAUUAGUAAAGGAUGAAGAGGAAGAUAUCAAACCUACGUUGAUCAGAAGAUUACAUGUGGUUUUCUCACCUUUCUCGGCGGCAAGUACGAUCGAUUACGUUAUUACCUCCACUGGCGUACAUACCUUGAAUGAAAGUUAUAAGAAGAUUGACACGACCAGUGAAGUGAUCAAAAGACAGAUCAAAGAAGAAAAGGAGAGGGAAAGGAGUCAACGUAAUUUCAAUAGCAGUCAGAUAGACCCAGAUGACGAAGACGAAGAAGAGGGAGAUGAACCUAGAGUAGACUGGGAUGAGGUGUUUGAUGAUUUUGGGGAAUUACCUGAAGAGUUCUGGAAAGGUGAAUAUGAUUUAGCAACUAUCAACAGGAAUGGGUCCAUUGGGGAGGCGAAUAGUGUAUCGGAUCAAGUUAGUUAUACCGGAUAUUCAGAUUUGUUGGUUGACCAAAAUGGUGAUUCGGUUGAGGGUCAGAGUGCAGUUUAUUCUGCUCUAGGGGAUGGAAGUGCGAUGGAUGGCAGAAGUGGGGGAAAUGUCGAAGUUAGUACGUGA